UCUAGUGCACGUCGUAGUAUAUGCUGCGAAGAUAACAGUUAAUAUACGUCACGUUUGCACAUUGGCAUUUGGAAAACGCUAUGAAACAAAAAUAACUUUAGACACGGUGUUGGUGCUUAUUAUAGUUUCUGUAUAUAAACGAGUAAACACAAAGUAUGGCGACGUGUCAAAAUGGCCGAUCUCAACAAAGAACUAAACGAAUAUCUUCUUAGUAGCAAAAAUGAGAAACAGUUCAAAAUUACCGUACCAUUGGUGACGAUACCAAAAACGAAUAUUAAAAAAUGGUUUGGAAAAAGUGAGGAAAACAAAGAAGAAAUAGGAUGGAUGCAAGGAGCACAAAAGGAAUGUUGCCCUAGUAUGACAAGAAUACAAAGGUUAAUAGCAUUUGUUCUAUGCUUUUCUAUGGGUAUACUUUGUUUCUGUUUAUCGGCGAUUUAUAUUCCGGUUUUACUACUCAAGGCAAGAAAAUUUGCUCUUCUAUACACCCUAGGUAGCCUUUUCUUCUUGUCAAGCUUUUGCUUCCUUUUGGGUCCAUUAAGUUACCUAAAAUCAUUAUUUACUGCUGAAAGAAGAUGUUUCACUAUAUCCUACAUUGCAACUUUAAUAGGAACACUUUACUGUGCUCUACAUUUACAGUCUACGCCAUUAACAGUAUUCUGUGCUGUUUUGCAAUUAAUAGCCAUGUUAUCAUUUUUAAUAAGUCAUAUACCAGGGGGAACUAAAGGUCUAAUGUUUUUUACAAAAAUCUGUAAGUCUUCUGUAAAUUCUACAUUGCCUAUAUGA